AAUGUAAGGUGCAGCCACACGCUGAGUUUCUCCUGGUCGUAAGAAAGGUCUCUCUUUUUUCCGCCGUAUUUGUCAGCCGUCGACGAGAAAUAUUUUGUGAAGUGUUUGAUGAUGAGUCUUAACGAACAUUCAGUGCGAGCUCUGUCCUGGAGGAAGCUCUACCUGAGCCGAGCCAAACUCAAGGCUUCCAGCCGGACAUCAGCUCUGCUUUCUGGAUUCGCGAUGGUAGCCAUGGUGGAAGUACAACUGGAUACCAGCUACCCUUACCCACCUGCUCUCCUGAUUGCCUUCAGUGCCUGUACAACUGUUCUUGUGGCUGUCCACCUGUUCGCUCUGAUGGUCAGUACCUGCAUUUUGCCCAAUAUUGAAGCUGUGAACGUCCACAACCUCGACUCUGUGAAGGAGUCUCCACACGAGCGAAUGCACCGACACAUCGAACUGGCGUGGGCUUUUUCCACAGUUAUUGGCACCCUGCUCUUCCUGGCUGAAGUGGUUUUGCUUUGCUGGGUCAAAUUUUUGCCUAUCAAACCCAGCAAGUCCAACAAUACUACAGUUAAAUCUGGUGUAGCUGCCGCUAUCACUUCAACCUCUAUUAUGGUUCCCUUUGGUUUAGUGUUCAUAGUGUUUGCUGUGCUUUACCGCUCACUGGUUAGUCACAAGACUGACAGGCAGUUUCAAGAGCUGGAGGAGCUUUCUAAUCUCACCAGGCUACAAAACGAGCUGGACAACAGAGAAGGUUCAAUGUUGCAGUCGCCAAGCUCACAAUUCCCAUAGACCACUUGUCUGUGAUGAAUCUCUUUGAGACUUCUUUUGGUUUUUCAGGAAUCAAAGCAAACUUUAAUCUUAUAACCAUUGCACUUUGACCCUUUAAUCUGUCUUGAU